AUGGUUACUGGAAGCAUGCAGUGUGUCAAAAUUUUGCUGAGAAUGUCUUGCAGCGAGAUAAAGUAUCAGUGCACCGUGCACUAUGUACAACUAAUGAAUAGACAUUACCCGAUGUUGUGUCAAUCUCGAUCAUCGACGGGACUAGUCAUUGAUUCUGGUGAUGGGGUCACUCACGUGGUUCCAGUAGUCGAUGGAUACUCAUUUCCUCAUCUUACUAAAAGAAUGAAUGUAGCUGGACGCCACAUAACAUCAUAUCUUGUUGAUUUGCUUCUUAGAAGGGGGUACGCGAUGAAUAGAACUGCUGACUUUGAGACUGUUAGGGAUAUCAAAGAGAAGCUCUGCUACAUAAGUUAUGAUUACAAAAGAGAAUAUCAACUGGGACUUGAGACUACUAUCCUCGUAAAGAAUUACACACUGCCAGAUGGAAGGGUCAUUAAAGUUGGCACAGAGCGGUUUCAAGCACCUGAAGCUCUUUUUACUCCGGAACUCAUAGACGUUGAAGGAGAUGGGAUGGCUGACAUGGUAUUUCGUUGCAUUCAGGAAAUGGAUAUCGACAAUCGAAUGAUGCUCUACCAACAUAUCGUUUUGAGUGGAGGAAGCACGAUGUAUCCUGGAUUACCUAGUCGCCUAGAGAAAGAAAUUUUGGAUCGCUAUCUUGAAGUUGUUUUGAAGGGAAACAGAGAUGGGUUGAAGAAACUACGUCUGAGGAUAGAGGAUCCACCACGAAGAAAGCAUAUGGUGUAUCUUGGAGGUGCAGUUCUUGCAGGAAUCAUGAAGGAUGCACCUGAAUUCUGGAUUAGCAGGCAAGAUUAUUUGGAAGAGGGAGUUGCUUGUUUAAGCAAAUGUGGCCAGGCGUAAACUUUAUCAUUUGUUAGAUUUUAUCGCCACUUCAUUUCCUCCCUAACAAAAGCAUAAGAAGAUGAACAACUCCAUGUAUCAUUGACAGAAGUUGAGUUGCCAUUGAAGAGUAGCUAGGUAAUGAGCCAGUGAAAUGAACGAGGAAGCAUUUGCAGUGAUGUAGCUUGUAAUUGAUGUAUUUUUUUAUAUUAAUUGAAAAUGAAAGGUUUUUUUCCUUUUUUUUUUUUCCUCAUUGGAGUAAUAUUUAGUUUUACCGUUGUUUAUUCGACAGUAAAAUAGAGCUUGUGAUCCAUAUCAUAUGCUACGUGUGACACGUGUAACAGUUCAAACACUUAUUAAUGUUUUUUCAAGUA